AUGGAGAGGUCAAGAGUAUGGAGAGGUGUCAGUGGAAGCAGCAGCAGCAGCAGCAUGUUUGAGAAGAGCCGAUGCCACCUGAGAGACAGAGAUGAUGCAAAUUCUUUCUGGUCGAAUCUGAGACCUAAUGUUGACCAUGGUCAACAACAACAGCAUGCUCAUCAUCCUCACGUAGCUGACGUGGAUUUGAAAACUCCUUCUCCUCCUCCUCAUCCUUGCACUGAUGAUCAAGAAAUAAGCGUUUUUGACGCCCGCAAGUACUUGAACAAUGAAUUAAGCAUCAUCAAUGACAUCGACACCCAAAAGGUUUCUGGUGAAACAGUUUCGAGAUUUUCUUGGGCCGCAGGUUCUUCAAUAUCUGCAGUUGAUGAUGAUAAUAUUAGUUAUAGUAGUAUGGGUAGAAAUAACUACCCGCGAGCUCGUUCUUUCCACGUGGUUGCUGCCUCCGCCACUGCCGCCACCACUCCAACGGCUUCUUCGGAGGCCAGCUGGAACAGCCAGCCUGGCCUCUUAUCUCGUCCUCGUGGUCCUGCCGGCGCCGCCAACAUCACAUUCAUGACGUCAUUGCAUAGUGGCAGUGCUGCUAAUCAUAAUGCUGCUCCUCAUCCUUAUCACGACAAUGUGAAGGAGGAGAAGGAGAUGAAGAAGAAAUUGGGUGUACGAUGGUUCAGUAUUUUCCCAACGAGAAGAUCAAGGAGAUGCCCCUGCUCCGGAAAGAAAUCGGUUCGAGUUGCUGAUCCCGAGACUAAAUCAUCAAUUCCAAACAUGUCAUCAUCAGUCAAUCGAGUCGGAGUCGGAGUCGGAGUUAGAGUUGGAGAGAGUAUUACCAUUAAUAAUGGCAAUAUGGCAACCACCAAUGUUGUUACAGCCGGCGAUUCGAACUCUUCCUUAAUCGCGCCGCCGAUCGACAACCGUCGUCACCUAGUGUGGCCCGGUCCAGAACGGCGUCGUCCGGAGUGGGAUGAGCACCAACAGAUCACUGCUAACAAUAUGCCUAGGCCUACUACUACUAGUGGUGGGUUUAGCUUUCCUAUAUUGAAAGUGAAUGGGAUUGGGGGCACGUCCACCGAUGCAAGUUCUGAUUUGUUCGAGAUCGAGAGCUUCUCUACCACUUAUGCCCAAACACAAAAUUACUCUCGCACCCGCGGCGAGUCGUUGGAUGAGGAGGAUGCAAUCGGCCGCGGUCGACGCGGUUUGGGUGCCAAUAUCAACUCGGGAUCCGAUGGCCACGAUUCAAUCACGUCAACCGAUCAGUACUGCUACGAGCCGAGCGAGGCCAGCAUCGACUGGAGCGUCACCACGGCUGAGGGCUUCGACCGACCAUCCGAUCACCAUCAUCAUCAUCAAGAUCAUGAUCGUGAUGUUGCCGACGUGGCACAAAUUAUGAAAGUGAGCAGCAGCAGCAAAGGGAACAAUAUUGGGUUGUUGAGCUGUCGACGUGAGAAGGCGGUUAGUGUGGGGCCUAACCCAGUGAGAUUGAUCAUGCUGCCUCCUGCUGCUCCUGCUGCAGCACCUGAUCAGAAUCGACAUCCUGGUGGAGGAGCAGGACCCACCAAAACUCUAUCACCAUCGUCAAAUUCCAGGAUGAGGCAUGUGGGGAGUAGGCCAGGCUUAGCCCAUAAUAAUAAGCCACCGCUUGCAGCUCGGAUGUCUGUUCCUUUUGCAACAUCCGCACAGCCAGUCAUCUGA